ACGCGAUAUAGUGCCUGAAUUGGGCAUUAUAAGGGAUCGUAAAAACGCAGUAAAUGUGCUUGCACGCAUACACACACAAAAGACGGGCUGAUCAUGCAGGAGCCGCAAUUGCAUGAUCUGAUCAGCCGGGAACUCCAGUUGCAUGAUUUGAUCGGCCAGGAACUCCAAUUGCAUGAUUUGAUCAGCCGGAGACUCCAAUUAGGCCGGCCGGCCGGCCUAAUAGUGCAAAAAACACAGGACUUCACAACAAACAAACAAUUAAGCAAAUACACAUGUAGGGCGCUCUUCUGCGGCCGCCCAGGGCAAUGCAACGCUCUUUCGCUCUGCAAUUCCUGGCUCCAAUCUCCAUCUCAUCCACACCCCACUCAGCUUCAAAUGGGCUUUUCUCUAGUCGACUCCUCCGCGCCCGAAUGGGUGCCGACGCAACGCCAAGACGGGCGGCGCUUCGUCGUGACCGGCGCCAACCGCGGCAUCGGGCUGGCCACCGCAACCGGGCUGGCGGCGCUGGGCGCGCACGUGGUGCUGGCUGGCCACGAGAGCAGUGACCUUUUUGCAGCGGCCAUGGACCACGUUGCGCUGGCCACCGGCUGCGCGCGCGACCAGCUCAGCUACAUGCCGCUGGACCUGCGGUCGCUCGACAGCGUGCGUAGCUUCGCGCGCUCGUGGGAGCAGAGGCCAGCGGCCGAGCGCGCGCUGCAUGGGCUGAUCAACAACGCCGGCAUUGCUGGCAUGCCAGGCCUGUCGCCCGACGGCUUCGAGAUGUGCUUCCAGAUCAACUACCUGUCGAUGUUCCUUCUGACGCGGCUGCUGCUGCCCUUCCUGUGCGCCGCCGGCUCGGAGCCGGCACGCAUCGUCUGCGUCAGCUCGUCGGCUCACCUGUACACGCUGGGCCUGCCCACGGAUGAGCACUACCUGCGGUCGCCCGGCGGCGGCUUCUUCUCGCUGCGCUACGGCGAGUCCAAGCUGUGCGUCAACGCCUUCGUCGGCCAGCUGGCCGCGCGCCUCGACCCGGCCAAGGCCGUCGCCUACGCCGUCCACCCUGGCAGCACGGCGUCGGGCUUCUGGGCCGGCUUCCCUGCCUGGGCGCAGCGCUGCAUCGCGUCGGUGACGCAGGACCCUGGGCGCGGCGCGCGCACGUCGCUGUUCUGCGCGACCGAGCCGCGGCUCGUGUCCGGCGGGUACUUCGCCGACUGCGCCGCCGCCACGCCCAGCUUCUGGCUCAACAGCAAGGACAAGGCUGCUGACCUGUGGCAGAAGAGCUGCGCCUGGACCGGCGUGUCACCCAACGCCGCACUGCAGUGAGGCCGGACGGUGAUUUCUGGGGCUUUCUUUUUUGUUCAAUGGAUCUUUUCCCCCUCUUUUUCAAUGGGAAUGUGGUCUGGCCAAUCAGCCGCGGGCAACUGGUGCAAAGAGGAAAAAUAGGGAGGAGGGGGAGACGAGCGAAAAUAAUGAAGGAAAUUGAAUUGGCCUCAAGCAAGACCACUUUUUUCGACGUUGGAGAUAGCAGCCGGCCAAUGGAAUGCCCCCCUCCUCAUUACUUUCGAGCCAGAGCGUAUGCGAACGCAAGCGCAAUUUUCGAGCGAGUGUCAGUAGCAUUUUCUGCCCUUUGUUCAUUUCAUGGCAUUUUCUUGCGUGCUUUGAAGAACGAAAAA